AUGGCUCUCGCACUCACUCAAGCCUUCACACACAAAUCCCGUUCCCCCUCUGCUCUACCCCUCUCCCCCUUCCUUCCCCCACCCUUCUCCCUUCCCCAGCCCUUCUCCCUUCCCGAGCCCUUCUCCCUUCCCCUUCCCUUCUCCCUUCCCCCUAAAGGUCUGGAAGCUUCCCUCUACCCGCGCUUCACACUCAUCGGCCAAUCGCUGGGCUUCAUGGCUCUCGCACUAGAGGCUGUUCUCCGCCGCCCGCCCGCUGUUUUCGUGGAUACUGCCGGAUACGCCUUCUCCUAUCCUGUAGUGACGCUGCUGUUAGGGGGACGAGCAGCAGCAGGAGGAGGGGGAGGGAAGGGGGGAGGGUGUUUGGUGGUGAGCUAUACGCACUAUCCGACGAUCAGUGGAGACAUGCUGCAGCGGGUGCAGCAGCGCACUAGCAUGUACAACAACGAUGAUACUGUUGCGAGCAAGUGGGUGCAAGGAGUUGACGCAAGAAAUGGAGUGGGUGACAGGGUGCUCCAGCGCCCUCCUCUCCUCCUCCAAUCCAUUCUCUACUCCUAUCGCCGCUUUGGCCCCCUCUACGGGUGGGCGGGCGGGCCUGCUGAUAGUAUCGCCAUGUUCAAUGCCCUUGUGUUCCUUUCCACUCCCUCUCUCCCUGUCCCCAAUCACCAGCGCCCUCCUCUCCUCCUCCAAUCCAUUCUCUACUCCUAUCGCCGCUUUGGCCCCCUCUACGGGUGGGCGGGCGGGCCUGCUGAUAGUAUCGCCAUGUUCAAUGCCCUUGUGUUCCUUUCCACUCCCUCUCUCCCUGUCCCCAAUCACCAGCGCCCUCCUCUCCUCCUCCAAUCCAUUCUCUACUCCUAUCGCCGCUUUGGCCCCCUCUACGGGUGGGCGGGCGGGCCUGCUGAUAGUAUCGCCAUGUUCAAUGCCCUUGUGUUCCUUUCCACUCCCUCUCUCCCUGUCCCCAAUCACCAGCGCCCUCCUCUCCUCCUCCAAUCCAUUCUCUACUCCUAUCGCCGCUUUGGCCCCCUCUACGGGUGGGCGGGCGGGCCUGCUGAUAGUAUCGCCAUGUUCAAUGCCCUUGUGUUCCUUUCCACUCCCUCUCUCCCUGUCCCCAAUCACCAGCGCCCUCCUCUCCUCCUCCAAUCCAUUCUCUACUCCUAUCGCCGCUUUGGCCCCCUCUACGGGUGGGCGGGCGGGCCUGCUGAUAGUAUCGCCAUGUUCAAUGCCCUUGUGUUCCUUUCCACUCCCUCUCUCCCUGUCCCCAAUCACCAGCGCCCUCCUCUCCUCCUCCAAUCCAUUCUCUACUCCUAUCGCCGCUUUGGCCCCCUCUACGGGUGGGCGGGCGGGCCUGCUGAUAGUAUCGCCAUGUUCAAUGCCCUUGUGUUCCUUUCCACUCCCUCUCUCCCUGUCCCCAAUCACCAGCGCCCUCCUCUCCUCCUCCAAUCCAUUCUCUACUCCUAUCGCCGCUUUGGCCCCCUCUACGGGUGGGCGGGCGGGCCUGCUGAUAGUAUCGCCAUGUUCAAUGCCCUUGUGUUCCUUUCCACUCCCUCUCUCCCUGUCCCCAAUCACCAGCGCCCUCCUCUCCUCCUCCAAUCCAUUCUCUACUCCUAUCGCCGCUUUGGCCCCCUCUACGGGUGGGCGGGCGGGCCUGCUGAUAGUAUCGCCAUGUUCAAUGCCCUUGUGUUCCUUUCCACUCCCUCUCUCCCUGUCCCCAAUCACCAGCGCCCUCCUCUCCUCCUCCAAUCCAUUCUCUACUCCUAUCGCCGCUUUGGCCCCCUCUACGGGUGGGCGGGCGGGCCUGCUGAUAGUAUCGCCAUGUUCAAUGCCCUUGUGUUCCUUUCCACUCCCUCUCUCCCUGUCCCCAAUCACCAGCGCCCUCCUCUCCUCCUCCAAUCCAUUCUCUACUCCUAUCGCCUCUUUGGCCCCCUCUACGGUGCCCUCCUCUCCUCAUCCAAGCUCUACUACUAUCGCUUCUUCGCAUAUCUGUACGGGUGGGCGGGCGGGCAUGCUGACGUCACCAUGGUCAACUCCUCCUGGACCGAGGGCCACAUUCGGCGAAUCUGGACGCGCAACAAGCCGAGCUCCGUGCACCGGGUGUACCCCCCCUGCGACACCGCUGCACUGCAGGCCCUCCCUCUCUCGCGCUCCUCUCCAGGUUACAUCAUCUCUGUCGCCCAGUUCCGGCCAGCAAAGAACCACCACGCAUUGCAGCUCCGAGCUUUUGCACAGGCCAUAAAGCCCACAGCACCAUCCGAUCCAACGGCUGACGCUCCGUCCAAACCUGAUCCGAUGGCUGGUGUGCGUUUGAAGCUGGUGGGCAGCAGCAGACACCGGGAGGACGAAAAGCGCAUUGAGCUUCUGGGGUGCCUGGCAGUGUCGCUGGGAAUAGAAAGACGUGUUGAUUUCAUUGUCAACACUCCCUUCAGGCAGCAGCCGGCACCGAGAGGUCGAGAAGCGGAUCGAGCUGCUGGGAUGCCUGGCUGUGUCUCUCGGCAUAGAGAGGCGCGUGGACUUCAUUGCCAACACGCCCUUCAGGUGAGGGAGUGGCACAGCACAGCACCUCAGAGUGUGUCUGUGAACCCAACAGGCAGCAGCCGGCACCGGGAGGACGAGAAGCAGAUUGAACUUCUGGGGUGCCUGGCGGUGUCUCUGGGAAUAGAGCGGCGGGUUGAUUUUAUCAUCAACACUCCCUUCAGGGAGCUGCAGCAACUACUAGGCGGCGCCACGUGCGGACUACACACCAUGUGGGACGAGCACUUUGGCAUCAGUGUGGUUGAAUACAUGGCAGCAGGGGCCGUGCCCGUUGCCGGAGCUGUCCCAGUUGGUGAGUCUUUUAAAGGCGCCACCUGUAUGGUACUCACCACUUCACACCACACCAUGUGGGACAAGCACUUUGGUAUCAGCGUUGUCGAAUACAUGGCAGCAGGGGCUGUUCCUAUAGGCGCCAUCUGUGGGGUAGGCGUCACCUGUGGGGUAGCCGCCAUCUGUGGGGUAGGCGUCACUUGUGGGAUUGACUUUUUUCAUCUGUACGGUCGUGGCCUGAACACAAUAGACGUGGGGGUGUCAGCCCUUGCCCUCCCUCCAGUACUAUCUCACUCUCCUUACGCCUUACCCCCUUACCCAUCACAGAUAGACUUCUUUCAUCUGUAUGGUCGCGGCCUCAACACAAUAGACGUGGGUGUGUCGGCGCGGCAUGGGGGGAGAUUCUUCGUCAAGAGGGAUAGAGGCAUGGUGCAGCAGAAUCGGUUCAUGCUGGCAGUGGAGGAUCUGCAGAUGCUGCAUGGUGCAGCAGAAUCGCUUCAUGCUGGCAGUGGAGGAUCCCCAGAUGCCCAGCAACGACCUGAGCAGGGGCAGCCACAACAUCCACAAUCUCACUACCUCCUCCUCAUCACAGCCACCCUCCCCUGCUCCCAUUGCUCAUUUCCUUCUUCUCUUAGACUCUGGAACACUCCUCUGUCUCCCCUCUCCUUCACCCCUUCCCCCACGCCAACACUCCCCACCUCCCUCCCCUCGGGUCUCGUUCUCUUGGCCUCUAAACCACUCCUGUGCCUCUUCUCUCCUCCCUCUCUCCCCUCCCCUCCCUCUCUCCCCUCCCUCUUUCCCCUCCCCUCCAUCUCUCCCCUCCCCCACUCCUCCUUCUCUCCCCUCCCCUCCCUCUCUCCCCUCCCCUCCCUCUCUCCCCUCUCCUCCCUCACUUCCCCAAUGUCCACCUUGCCUUCCAUCGAGCUCACCACCUCCUCACCACACCCACCCACUCUUCUGCUUUUUAGGCGUCCGUCUUCCCUUCCAGCGAGCACACUACCUUCUCACCACACUCCCCUGGCUUUGAUACGCCAAAAUAAGUUUCUCGUCCGUCUUGCCUUCCAGCGAGCUCACUACCUCCUCACCACGCCCACACUCCCCUCUUCCCAUCGCUCUCAAUCCCAAAACAACGCUGGUAGUGCUGCUGCUGCUGGUGCUGCUCCUGCUUCUGGUGGAAGGCCAGCGGAAGGGGUUUUCUUGGGCGAGAAGAAGCGGAAGAAAGGGAGGCGGGGCGAGAAGAAGCGGAAGAAAGGGAGGCGGGGCGAGAAGGGUGAGGAAACAGCAGGAACCGGAAGGGAAACAACAGAAGUUAGAACAGCAAACCCAGCAGCAGGGGCAGCAGCAGUUGUAGCAAACAGCUGUGGCGCAUCUCAAGAAGGGCCAGCAGAAGGGGUUGGCUUAGGCGAGAAGAAGAAAAAGAAGGGGAGGCGGGGCGAGAAGGGUGAGGAAGGGAAGGAUGGUGGGUUGAAGCAGGUUGAAUUGGUAGAAGGGGCGGAUGAUUCGGGUGAAAUUAAGAGAAAACGGGCCAAGAAGGAAAGGAGACAGAAGGAGAAGGGAGAGAAGAAGAGCGGAGAGAAGGAGAGGGGAGAGGAGAGUGAGGAAGGGAAGGAUGGUGGGUUGAAGCAUGUUGAAUUGGUAGGGGAGGCGGAUGAUUUGGGUGAAAUGAAGCGAAAAAGGGCCAAGAAGGAAAGGAGAGUGAAGGAAAAGAGAGAGAAGGAGAGGGGAGAGAAGGAGAGGGGAGAGGAGAGAAGGGAGGAUGUAGAGGUGAGUGGUGGUGUUGAGAUGAUGGACGGCGGGGAGGAUAUGGGAAUGCAGAGAGUGGGUGGGGAGAGGAAAGAGAGGAAGGGAAGGAAGAGAAAGGCAGUAGUGACUGAGAGUCAGGCUGAUGAGAUGGAGGAGAGGGAGGAGGAAGGGGAGAAAAAUCAGGAGGAAAGGAAGGAAGAGCGGAAAGAGAAGCAGGAAAGGGAUGAGGGAGAGAGGGAGGAUGUGGAGGAAGAGGGAGGAGAAAAACUGGAGGGGGGGGUGAGGGAUGAAUGGGCACGAAAGAGGAAGGGCAAGAAAGUGAGGGAGGGGAAGAGAAAGAGGGACGAAAAGAAGAGGCUGCGGGAGGAGGCUCAGAAGCAGGCAGCUGAGAACUCUGCAGCUGAAACAGGAGGAGAAGGGGUUGCAGAGCGGUCGAGAACGGUGGUGAGGGAUAGAGAUGGCAGUUUGGAGGUGGGGGGAGUGGAGAGUCUGAGGGGAGGGGAGGAGGACGAGGAGAGCUUACCAAGAAGGAAAGGAAGGGCGAGUAGUGGUGGUUUUGAAAUCUCUCAGAAACCAACUAGUAUGAGCAGAGGGGAGGAGGAAGAGGAGAGCUUACCAAGAGGGGGAGGCAGGGCGGAGUCUGCUGGUGGUGAUGAUGAUGAUGGUGAGGGUGGGAGGAGGAAACGGAAGAGGGAUAAGCGGGGGCGAGCAUUUAUGGAGAUGCUUGGAGUGAGUGAUAACGGCAGCAAGUGA